AUGGAAAAUGCAAAUAACUCUAGCGGAAUAAAUUUCAUUCUUCUGGGGCUUUUUAACCACACCAAGAUGCACCAGUUCCUCUUUGCUAUGGUGCUGAUGAUCUUCAUCACCUCACUGAUGGGCAAUGCCCUUAUGAUUAUCCUCAUCCAUGUGGACCCUCAACUCCACACACCCAUGUACUUCUUGCUUAGUCAGCUUUCCCUCAUGGACAUGAUGUUGGUCUCCACUGUCGUUCCCAAAAUGGCAGCAAACUACCUGAUGGACACGAGGGUCAUCUCUCCCACUGACUGUGGAACCCAGGUAUUCCUGUUUGUCUCUUUGGGAGGUGGUGAGUGCUUCCUCUUAGCAGCCAUGUCCUAUGACCGCUAUGUGGCUAUAUGUCAUCCACUGCGCUACCCUAUUCUUAUGAGCCAGAAGCUCUGCUUGCUCAUGACAACAGGUUCAUGGCUUCUUGGAGCAGUUGACGGGCUAAUGCAAGCUGCCACCACUUUGAGCUUCCCUUACUGUCACUCUAGGGAAAUCAAUCACUUCUUCUGUGAGGCACCAGCACUGAUACGCCUUGCCUGUGCGGACACCAAGCUCUUUGAAUCUUUCAUGUAUGUCUGCUGCAUCUUGAUGCUCUUGAUCCCUUUGUCUCUCAUUUUUGCCUCGUACAGCCUAAUUCUGGUGGCAGUGCUUCGAAUGCGGUCAGCUGCAGCCCGGAAAAAAGCCUUCACAACCUGCUCCUCUCACCUUGCAGUUGUAGGACUCUUUUUUGGAACCAUCAUGUUCAUCUACAUGAGGCCAAAGUCUUAUAGUUCAGAGGACCAUGAUAAGGUGGUCUCAGCUGUUUAUACCAUCUUUACCCCUCUCUUGAACCCUUUUAUAUACAGUGUGAGAAAUAAAGAUGUAAAGGGGGCAUUGAAGAGGUUGUUGGUAAAACUGUUACAAUGCCAACAUUGA